CUGAAAGGAAAAUAUCAGUUGCGAUAGGCACAAGACACGUAUACUUUGAAAAACUUGUAUUUUACAAAUAAGGAGGGACAAUAUUUACGACGUCUCUCGCACAAUGUGGUAGACUAGGGGUCGGCGAGCCGUCGAACUCUUUGGACUGCCUCUUGGCCUUACAAGGUGGUGCCGAAUGGUGUUAUGCUCGGGUUUGUACCUUCGUUGGUGAGCUGCAGUCGACACGCCGUAGACGAUAGCCUUGAAUAAAUUCAUUUUGAGUGGUUGGAUCCCAAGAGCUUGCGAGCGGAUUAUUUCCUUACGCAAUCUACUCCUGGCCGGAUCUUAACACAGUUUAAACACUUUCAUUAAUUCCAAGCCCAUGUACACAUAAGCAACUAAGAACAAGCUGGAGGCGAUCGAUUUUAAGUAGAAAAAUUGAUCAGAGUUUAUGAGUAAGGAUCAAGGAAUGGAUUUCGACGAGUCAGCUCGUGAAUUGUCCUUCACAAAGCAGCUCAGCCUUAUCUCGUUUGAUAAUAACAGCGGCCGGGAGGGAUUUUCCGAUUGCGAGGAAUUUAACAAAGACAAACUUUGCAAAAAACGAUGCGAUUCAACGGGUUCUUUGAAUAGCAACCCUGAUCAGCUGACAUUUAAUCAAAAAACAAUAAGGGAUACGAGUUGUGAUGCAACGAGUACUCAUGACACCUCAAGUAAUCGAAAGCAAUCGUUACCAUCGCCUGGGAACAUUGACAGCAAGCGACAUGCAUUGCAGAAAGUACCGAGCAUCACAGUGUGUGACGAUACCGAAAAUCGUGCGGGUGUGGAAUCAAAAAAAAAUUCAUUGUUCGAUCCAAGGUUCCUAAUGCCUACUGAGUCAAGUGUUGACGAAGCCAGAUAUCUGCUAGCAUCCAGACGAGGCUCUUCACCAUCCGCUUAUCAAUGCAUACGCAGUAGAAGCCUUGACAUGGUAGCAGAGGAACAGCCGUCUGAUUCCGCACAUGAGAGCAACACAAGUACGCCACCUGCCUCUCUUGGACUUCCUCGGUACCGAACUAGGUCACGCAGUCUUGACACCGGCCUUAAAAAAAGAAAUAAUUUCUCUGCUUUCAAAGAAUCUCUCAAGUUACGUGACGUGCAAAAAACAAGGCUUGGUACGUGAGAGAAGAUCUGUGGCCAGCAAAAUUGGAAAAUUUGCAGUAAACGUCGUCAGGCUUGAAUUGAGGGCAACCUUCUGCGGCAACCUUCUGCGGUCUACUGCGAAUGUCUUGGUGGUCUAGUUUAUGUUAUGCAAUGGCCCGUACGCGAACGCAACGGAAUACGAUUUCCUGUUGGCUUGAUGGAAGCAUUUUCCCGACUUAAGAGGAAUUUAGAUUAAUUUUCGAAGACCUUUUUAUAAAUUUUGAAAAGUUGAUAGAAUAUGGAGUAAAUUUGUUUCACAGAGCAGAACAUUUAAGUGCCCAAACAAAUUAAUAUGUUUGGCUUUUUGGGUGUUAUGAAUAAUUUAACAACUGAACAAUGGAAACUUACCGGUAAAGACGUUUUUUAACUAAUUAGCCCGUUUCAGUUCGUUACUUUUUUGCAACAAAAUUUCAGUAUACGUUUUGCAGGUUCAAGUUCAACUGGUUUUUUUGAAAAAAACAUAUUAAACAAUUCAACUCA